AUGGCCCCCAACCGUCGUAUCACCCACCAAAAGGGCACCAUCGGCUCGGCCUACGAUGCCAUCACAUCGCCUGAGAAUGCCGCUGUUGUCAGGAGCGUGGCUGUCUUUGGUGCUGCAGUAGCAUUCCUCGCUAGCUCUUGGGCUGAUCUCCUCCUUCCUCCGUGCGUGGUCUUCCAUCAGUCAAAUCCUAAAUCGCCUCGCAGCUCAACUAACAUGUUACAGCCAAUAAACCCUUCAUGA